GCAACACUUCAUUUUCCAUCCUAAAAAUAUAUUGGCACAUUUUUCUCCUUAGCACGUGAAUUUAUCCAACACAAGACUGACCCUCCUGCAGAGGAAACUGCAASCUGAUGCAAUGUAUGAGAUUAAAGUCCGAUCCAUCCCAUAUGGUGUAUAUUAUGAAGGCUUCUGGAGUGAAUGGAGUCCAAGUUCCCACUUCAGAACUCCAGCAGUCAACCAUGCAGGGGAAAUGAAUCCUGUUUUACUGAUUAUCAGCAUUGUGAGUUUUAUCUCGAUGGUUCUGUUGGUCAUCUUAGCCUGUGCGUUAUGGGAGAAAAGGAUUAAGCCYAUUAUAUGGCCCACUCUCCCUGAUCAUAAGAAGACUCUGGAACAACUGUGUAAGAAACCAAAAAAGAAUUUGAAUGUGAGUUUCAAUCCUGARAACUUUUCGGAUUGUCAGAUUCAUGAAGUGGAUGGAAUUCAAUCUAGAGAUGAAGUGGAAGGCUUUCUGCAGAAUACUCUUCCUCCACAGCUAGAGGAGUCUGAGCAGCAGGGCCUUGGUGGGGAUGUGCAUGGUCCCAACCAGCCCUCCAGGAUUGCAGCCAUUACCCCAGAAACUUUCAGAGGAGAUUCAUCCCUCAGAUGCCUGGCUGGGAAUGUCGGUGCAUGUGCCACCCCMUUACUCCCCUCCUCCAGGUCCCCAGACUGUAGGGAGGGUGGCAAGAAUGAGCCUCCUGURUACCAGGGCUUGCUUCUUAGCCCUGGAACUACAAACAGCACCCUGCCUCCACCAUUUCCUCUCCAAUCAGAAAUUCUGACAUUGAACCCAAUUGCUCAGGCACAGCACAUCCUCACUUCCCUAGAACCAAAUCAAGAAGAAGCUUAUGUCACCAUGUCCAGUUUUUACCGAAACCAAUGAAGAGUAAAAACUCCAAGCCUGUCCCAUUACACCUAACCAUGGUUUCUGGGAGGGAGAGUCAAGAGUUUCUACUCCUCCUCAUAGCACAAAGAGAACAAAGUUGAUUUAACCCCACUACAUC